GGUGUUGACAGCCGGCGAGCCUUUCAAAGUCUUCAGUUUGACUUGGGCACAGGAGAGACCAUGUCCGCCGUCAUCGGGAAGCUGUCCGCGGAUAGACUCUCCUCUCAGCCCAGCUCUCCGUAGCGGUCACGCGGGGCCUUCGGGAUGGCGGGCUCGGGCGCCGUUCAGGUGAGACUGGAGCUGGGACACCGAGCGCAGGUCCGAAAGAAGCCCACGGCGGAAGGCUUCACCCACGACUGGAUGGUGUUCGUCCGCGGCCCGGAUCACUGCAACAUCCAGCACUUCGUGGAGAAAGUCGUGUUCCACCUGCACGAAAGUUUCCCCAAACCCAAAAGAGUCUGCAAGGAUCCGCCGUACAAAGUGGAGGAGUCUGGAUAUGCUGGCUUUAUUCUGCCCAUUGAAGUUUACUUCAAAAGCAAGGAAGAACCGAAGAAAGUUCGCUUCGACUACGACCUUUUUCUGCACUUGGACGGCCAUCCACCGGUGAAUCACCUUCGCUGCGAGAAGCUCACCUUCAACAACCCAACAGAGGAGUUUCGAAGGAAGCUGCUGAAGGCUGGAGGGCAACGGGAUCCUCAGAAACGUGGUUCAGAAGAAUCCAAACAGGUGAUGGUGAUGCAGGAAGGCUCGACCUCGCUGUUCAGCCAGCACCUCAAGCUGCCGACGCUUCCCAACAGUUCGCUGACGUCCUCUCUGUCCGACCCAAAGAAGAGCAAGCCCGCCCAUGGAUCAAAGCAGGACGGCUCCAAAGGAAGUGGUUUGACCCUCCUCACCACCUCUUCAACCACCAGCAGCAGCAGCUUCCCCAAACUCCACAAACCCUCCAAGGACCAGAAAGUCAAGGCUCCUAAAGACUUAAAAGAGCCCAAAAGUGCCUUCAGAGACUCCGGCUGGGAAACCAGCAAAGUCCCCAAAGAAUCUUCACGGAAACCCAAAGAGAACCAGCCACUUAGAGACAGCAAUCCUAAGAUGGGAUUUAAAGAGCCCAAAACGUUCUGCAAGGACCACCGCAGUGAGGGCGUGUUGCACGGCCCGGGGGCUAACAAGCGUCCGCCUGCCCCGGACGGCAACGACCCCAUGACCAAAAAACGCAAGAAGGGAUUUCUGGACUCAUCAGGGAAGCCGGUGUCGGGCUCAGACGCUCCGCAUUCGGAUAAGAGGCGUUUAAAGGACAGACUGCAGACGGGUUUCAGCAAAUAUAAAGCAGAUGGCGACGAGCCGGAGCACAGGAGGAGUUGUGCCCCUCCAUUCCAGGAGGCGGGGGAGCGCAACGACUCCGACAUGGAGGACCAGUCCAUCAAGUCAGACUCGGAACAGCCCAGUCCGGCCAGUUCCAGCUCCAGUUCAGGUUUUGCUCCAACACACCACAAACGCCAAGUCCUGGGGCCGCUGCAGUCUGUGAUGCAGGAGCCGCACAGCGACGAUGACGACUCCGAGGACGAAGAGGACAACGACAUGGACUCAGACGGAGAGCAACCUGCACACGCACACCUCCCACACCAUCAGCGCAGGGUGAGUUUGAGUGACGGCAGUGAGAGCGACACCUCUCCACCCCCCUCCCGUAAAGACACAUCCGCCCUGUUGAAGUCCACCAACAGCCAGAUUCUGGAGGUGAAGAGUCCCAUCAGGCAGAGCAAGCAGGACAAGAGCAAAAACCUGGACUGUGACAAGGCUUACCUGGAUGAGCUGGUGGAGCUGCACAAAAGACUGAUGACACUAAGGGAGGGGCACAUAUUACAGCAGAUCGUUAACCUCAUCGAAGAGACCGGACACUUCCACAUCACAAACACUACUUUUGACUUUGACCUUUGCUCCCUGGACAGAAGCACAGUCCGAAAGCUUCAGAGUUACCUGGAAACGUCUGGACUGUCCUGAGGCUCCGAGCAGCUGGCUGCUGGGUCUCCUCCUCUGCUCCACAGAACCCAUCGGACCGCCGCUGUGCUUGGACGCGUCCGGCUCGAUGGUGGGAUCGGGCUUUUGGAGACGACGUCCUGCCGCACGAAGCAGGACUGGCAUUGCUGGAAGGAGCCCCCGAAAGCUGUGGAUCCUUGUGGUCGCUGCGUUGGUCUCCGUGGUCGCCAUGCCGGCAGUAUGCUCGUCCCUUGACUUGUGCAUCAAUGUGACAAAGGCGUGGUCAGCGGCGCCGGAUGGCGUUGAAUGUUAUUUAUUGAGUUUCCUUCGUAGGAGUGUGUGCUUUGUGUGAGUGGGGGGGGGUACAAAAUGAGGAGAUUUAGUGGAAGCACUUGACGACUGAUUUAUCUGACAUCCAGCUUUCAAUGAGGGGGGGUUUCAGCAGUGAUGGAUGGAGAACAAUUGUUUAGCAUGUUUCUGCUGUUCUAGAUCCUGUUUCUAAUGAACGACGACGCUCUUCUACCAAAGUUCAUCUGAAACCUCCUUCUGUGCCGUCUCACCACCAGCUUCACUUUUGCUUUGUCUUCAUAUCAUAUCCAAACACACAGAGUUGAUAAAAAGAAAAUGUUCUGAACCAAUUUGACAUUUUUGUCUCCUACAUUCUUUAAAUUGACUGGAAUUUCAUCCCAAAAAGGUUUUCCACUCCAAAGUGGUGACGGAGCAGCAGGCCGGUCCUGCAGAGCUUCAGUAGCUGCGUUUCCAUUGGCCGACGCUGCGCUCAUUUGGGAUCAUAAAUGGAUCAAAAAUGAGUGUUUGUGCCUGGAGGAGCUGGUUUCUGAGGCGUAUCCUCAAUAUUUCACCAAAAUGCAAUGGAAGCACUUUUUUCUGAAUAAAUGCGUCACAUGACCACCAACCGAUGGCGAUGAGCUUCUCAGUAGGAACCGGCGGCCUUGGCGCUGCACAGCGGGCGCCACCAGACGUCCCACAGCAUCGCACAACUCAAUUGUUGGAUCCACAGCUCCUCUGGAAAAUCACCAACCACCAUUUACCAAAAACGGCUUCAUCCGUAGCCCCUCCCACGUGUACGGAGCUCGCCGCUUUGUGGUCUGAAGAAGACGCCGACGUCUCCUUUGACAGAUCACGAUGACGCUGGCGUCGUGGCAGAAGUGUGAAUGCAUCUGCUGUCAAUCAUUUAAUGGUCUCAUCCAUGUUUCUGGAUGACUUACAGCGUUGAUUUGGUUUGUGUUUAUUCACACAAUUUAAUGGAUUUAAUGGAAACUGUGAUUGUGAGACGUGUUUUGACCUUUUCUGGAAUCAUGCGUCUGAUGGAAACGCAGCGACUGUCUUCAGACUAGAGACAGACGGCUCCUCAAGAACCCGGUUGGUUAAAGUCCAAAUAGAUUCCUGCCUUUCUUUUUCUUCAGUUGAGCUUUUCCGUAAACUUCUCACUAGUCCAGAAAACACAGACGAUCAGAAUCCAGAAACCGCGUGACGUAGUUUAGAGACUUUCCUCUCUGUUGUCUCUUUUCCACUGCAGCACCAGUGAAACUCGCCAAAAGCUUCUUGUCUGUUCUCAUCAUGGGAGUGAAAUUCAAACCUCGCUGGGAGAAAGGAGGAGAAAACUCCCCAACAAUGACAGUUCAACAAAAAGAAGUGUGCUACAUUUUUGAGCUUGUACAAAGAGUUUUUAGAGAAAACCUUGAGCAAUAUGUUUUACAGGGGUUGGUUGUAGAGGCGACUCAGACAUUUGACAGAUUUGUACUAUUAUCUAAGCAAAACUUUCUCAUUUAUGGAAGAUUUUUUUUUAAAUCGUUAGAAUUUCCGCAAAAAGUGCAUUUCCAGUUUGAAAUAAAAAGAUAGCCGUUUCUUACAGAGGAUUUUUCUUAAUCUGUGCUUUUUCUUAGUCUCUUUUGUAAUUUGAGUAAAUUCAAUAAAUGUGUUGUACUGUUGA